CGCCGCUUUCCCCCGGAGCCGCCGCGAGGGCUGGCCUGAGCCGCUCCCCGCUCCCCGCGCGGCCGGCGGCGGCGCCGGAAUGUCGUCCGGCACCAUGAAGUUCAACGGCUACCUGAGGGUCCGCAUCGGCGAGGCCGUGGGGCUGCAGCCCACCCGCUGGUCCCUGCGCCACUCGCUCUUCAAGAAGGGCCACCAGCUGCUGGACCCCUACCUGACGGUGAGCGUGGACCAGGUGCGCGUGGGCCAGACGAGCACCAAGCAGAAGACCAACAAGCCCACGUACAACGAGGAGUUCUGCGCCAACGUCACCGACGGCGGCCACCUGGAGCUGGCCGUGUUCCACGAGACGCCCCUGGGCUACGACCACUUCGUGGCCAACUGCACCCUGCAGUUCCAGGAGCUGCUGCGCACGGCGGGCACCUCGGACACCUUCGAGGGCUGGGUGGACCUGGAACCAGAGGGGAAAGUGUUUGUGGUAAUCACUCUGACGGGGAGUUUCACUGAAGCCACUCACCAGAGAGACCGAAUCUUCAAACAUUUUACCAGGAAGCGCCAAAGGGCUAUGCGAAGGCGAGUCCACCAGAUCAAUGGACACAAGUUCAUGGCCACGUACCUGAGGCAGCCCACCUACUGCUCCCACUGCAGGGAGUUUAUCUGGGGAGUCUUUGGGAAACAGGGUUAUCAAUGCCAAGUGUGCACCUGUGUCGUCCAUAAACGCUGCCAUCAUCUAAUUGUUACGGCUUGCACUUGCCAGAACAAUAUUAACAAAGUGGAUUCAAAGAAUGCUGAACAGAGGUUUGGAAUCAACAUCCCGCACAAGUUCAGCAUCCACAACUACAAAGUGCCAACGUUCUGCGAUCACUGCGGCUCCCUGCUCUGGGGGAUAAUGCGGCAAGGACUUCAGUGUAAAAUUUGUAAAAUGAAUGUACAUAUUCGGUGUCAGGCCAACGUGGCCCCGAACUGUGGGGUGAAUGCGGUGGAGCUGGCCAAGACCCUGGCGGGGAUGGGCCUCCAGCCCGGGAACAUUUCUCCGACCUCGAAACUCGUUUCCAGAUCGACCCUAAGGCGACAGGGAAAGGAGGGCAGCAAAGAAGGAAAUGGGGUCGGGAUGAAUUCUUCCAGCAGACUCGGCAUUGACGACUUUGAGUUCAUCCGAGUGUUAGGCAAGGGGAGUUUUGGGAAGGUGAUGCUCGCAAGGAUAAAAGAAACGGGCGAGCUCUACGCUGUGAAGGUGCUGAAGAAGGACGUGAUCCUGCAGGACGACGACGUGGAGUGCACCAUGACGGAGAAGAGGAUCCUGGCCCUGGCCCGCAACCACCCCUUCCUCACCCAGUUGUUCUGCUGCUUUCAGACGCCGGACCGCCUGUUUUUUGUGAUGGAGUUUGUGAAUGGAGGUGACUUGAUGUUCCACAUCCAGAAGUCCCGCCGUUUCGAUGAAGCACGAGCUCGUUUCUAUGCUGCAGAGAUCAUCUCGGCGCUCAUGUUCCUCCAUGAGAAGGGAAUCAUUUACCGGGAUCUGAAGCUAGACAAUGUGCUGUUGGACCACGAAGGUCACUGUAAGCUGGCUGACUUCGGAAUGUGCAAGGAGGGCAUUUGUAAUGGAGUCACCACGGCCACCUUCUGCGGCACCCCUGACUACAUUGCUCCAGAGAUCCUCCAGGAGAUGCUGUAUGGGCCUGCAGUGGACUGGUGGGCCAUGGGCGUGCUGCUCUACGAGAUGCUGUGCGGUCAUGCGCCGUUUGAGGCUGAGAACGAAGACGACCUCUUUGAGGCCAUACUGAAUGACGAAGUGGUCUACCCCACUUGGCUCCAUGCAGAUGCUACAGGGAUCCUAAAAUCUUUCAUGACCAAGAAUCCCACCAUGCGCCUGGGCAGCCCGACACAGGGAGGCGAGCAUGCCAUCUUGAGACAUCCUUUCUUUAAGGAAAUUGACUGGGCCCAACUGAACAGUCGCCAGCUAGAACCACCUUUCCGACCCAGAAUUAAAUCCCGAGAAGAUGUCAGUAAUUUUGAUCCUGACUUCAUAAAAGAAGAGCCAGUUUUAACUCCCAUCGAUGAGGGACAUCUGCCUAUGAUCAACCAGGAUGAGUUUAGAAACUUUUCCUAUGUGUCUCCUGAAUUGCAGCCCUAGUCUAAUGGGGAAAGAGAGAUGGUAGGAGGAUCGAAAGGGAAUAAAGACUUCCCAGGAAUUUUCUUUGUGGGGACUCCCCAGCAUCCGCCUUAGAACACAGUCUUACCUUCAAGGAGCAGAUGUUCACCGCCUUGUGAAGGACGGAACUGCAAGAGAUCGACCGUCUCAAGUCCAGAGAAAGCCAUGGCACUGGAAAGAGCUGACACAGCAAUGAGAUUUUGUGAAGACAUCGCCGCUUCUUCCGUGAGAGUCCAUGGCUGCUUCGGGCUUGGGAUAUUAACAGGAGCCAAAAGGAGAGGCUAUGUGAAGAAAGAAGUAGGUUGUACUUCUGAGGGAAACAGGUUUUUUACUUCGAGACAGAAAUCAGAACUCUCUGGGGACCGUUCAGUGCCCUUGGUCAAGCCAGUGAAGCACAGUCCGCCCCGCAGCUCAGUCUUCGAGCAGACUCUAAAUGCUAAUGAAGAGUGUAAAUGUCUUCUCAAGGAAAUGAAAGGUUCCUUUCCAAAUAGAAUGAGUGCCGCCUCAUAUGUACUCGGAAGAAGUAAAAACUGAUACCUUCACGCUCCCAACUCAAAGCCCAGUGUGGAAAACAGGCACUGGUACCCAGACGAUGAUCACAGCAGAUCCUCUGACCCCGACUUUCCGUAAGAGAUAUUUAUUGAGCGUCCAGCGAAAAGGUGCCCCGGCCACAGUAGCUCUACCUUUGUGAAGCUUCCAUUCUGCCUGGGCCUUUUAAUUUACCUGAAUAGUGUUUGCAUUCUGUGGAAUGCCUCUCCACGUCACGUGUCACGUUUCCUCGUCUGCACAGAACUCUUUCUUGCAGAAGGGUCGCGGCCGGCCCGCUCGGCUCAGCGGCUGGUGAGCUUCGGUGGUUGGCUGCCGGCUGCCCUAUGAAGUCUGACUGCGUCCGCCUCACCCUGGACUCCCGGCUGAAGAUGUGCACGCUGUUUAUUUAACUUAUGUUGUCAGAAAGAAGUUUGUUUAAAUGUACACUUCCAUGGUUAGAAAUGGAUCCUGUAAACAGGGCAUAUAGCAAAAACAGACCUUAUAACGUAGAACCAAAUAAGACACUGGAAAAUUUUAUGUGGCUGGAAAUAAAUACAUUUUGUAGCAAAA